GUCCGCACGCUGUGGAGCCUCGAGAAAUAUUUGUCGGAUGAGUGACUGUCCUUCAUGACUGUGGAGUGGGGGUUCGCUGAUUGAGGUAGGACAUGCCAGGAGACGUAUUGGAGCUGUGUGUGUAGCCCCACCCAAGCCCUGGAGCUGGGAGGAUGAGCUGGAGGCAGGGAGAUGGAUAACCUUGUGACCUCGUGUGGGUCUGAGAUGCGUCAGAUCAGGCUCUGAGGGAAGGUGGGUCCCUGAAGCUGGCUGAGUGCAUCUUAGGGAGCAAGCGAGUGUGAUGUCAUCCCAGGAAUGCAGUGAAGGCUCAGCCGUGCUGCAAGGAACCUGUGAGGAUCACAACACUGGCUGCCGUGAUCUGAGGCACCGAGGAUGGGCAGGGAGGGGCCUGAGACCAGGGGGGCAGGGAGGGAAGGGCAGAGGAUGCUUGGGCCGGCCCAGAGGAGGUGCUGCUCUCUCCCCGGUUCUCCGCUGUCCGCAGCUGCUCCACCUCCACAUCUCUGGAGCUGGCCCUUGUCCCGCUGCCAUCAGAGGGCCCCGCUGCCAUGACGGACACGCCAGUCGAGGAAUCCCUCUUCCAAAUCAUCCGCAGCUACCACCAGUACGCGGCCCGGGAGGGGGACGUGGAGACCCUGUCCCUGGAGGAGCUAAAGGCCCUGCUCAGGGACACCGUGCCCCGCUUCAUGGAGAGCCUGGUUGUCUCAGACCAGCCUAGGGGCCCAGCCCCGAGUCUAGGCUGCUCAGCCACCCUGCUCAGGCCUGGAAUCUCCUCUGCCAUCAGGAUGAGCCAUGUGAUUACCUGGCUCCUGGGGAUGCAAGGCCAACCCGAGUGUCUGCCCUCGGUGCCAUGCCCCUGGGUGAGUCAAGGCUGCUCAUCCAGGACAAGCACCCCUCGUCCCUGCGGGUCUGCCUUGCCUCCCUUUGGGGAACAUCAGAGAAGAGUCUGGUCCUGGGCUUAUCGGAGCACAGCCACCAGGUCACAGAGGGGGGACAGGGUGACUGUGAUUAGGCCCCUGUUUCUAGGGAAACCGUUCCACCUGGGUACGGGGCCCAUGGGGCAGGCACCUGGGCACAGGGCGGAGAUGGCGGCCUGGGCAGGUGGGCUGAGUGAGGGGAGCCUGGGAGAGCUGCCCCAGGCAGGAGGUCUGUGCACUGUGGGGUCAGCCAGCUUUGUGGAGGUGACAGAUUAAAGGAAGUAGCUGG